AUUUGGGGAGAUAUUUGAGAAUUAAGUUUUGGCUUUUAGCCAAAAGUGAACAGUUUACUCCAAACGGUACGCGCUUUUUCGCCCAAACUGCUCCGAAUUGAAAACGAAUUGUGUUUUUGGAAUGAGACUGUCAAAACUAGAAUUUUGACAUAAUCAAAAUAUUUUUCUGAGAACUUUUAUUUUUCUUAAUCUAAUCAUUUGAACCGUGUGACAUCAAUGUUAGAGGGCUCUGACUUGGCAUGGUUUAAUUGGUGUAUGCGCGGUGGCUUAAUUGAUGGUUGGGAUGAUUUUAUUCAAAAGUUCAAAAUUCGAUUUGCUCUGCUAAAUGGCUUGGAUUAUAUUUGCUUCAAGAAGACAUCGGAGAAGGCUCGUGACACAGAUGAGUCCAAAGAAUCAAGCGAGGAAUCUCAUAUAAAAAAGGACGAUUAUAGCGGGUUUGACAUUAUUGGCGUUGAUGACGGUGCUAUUGAUGAAAAUGAUGGUACUACUAUUCAAAGUGACGAGCCAUCUUACAACUCAGAUUCUACACCCCAUGAAUUAUAUGUACUACUAAAUCACUUAGCUGGAGUGGCAAUCACAGAGUGCGCAGUUCUAGCAAGUAUCGUCAAGAUGGCAGAUGCAAAUAAUAAGCAAGUGGGCAACCUCAUUUCAUUUGAUGACACCAUUAAGUUGUUUGACAUUGUUGAUGUGGUCACGAUGGAGCACCUGGUUUCACCGCGAGCAGCUACAUAUGCCACGUGCCCUUUCUCAUAUUUCCGUCACCUUGUUGCUUGAGCAAAUAUGGUCUAUCAACAAUAAUGGAGGUCCAGACAU